AACAGGACGGCUCACAGCCUCAGCCGGUGCAGGCGGCGGGUCUCUGCUCGUGGCCCUGGCCAGAAGGGGCCGGCGGCUGGGCGCAGAGGCGGUCACAGGGCAGGGGCACCGGCCAGAGUGCGUUUAAAGGGCCUGGCUGUUGGCUGUCCGGGCGAAUGUGAGAGCCUCCUGAGACACGCUCCAGGCAGGCCCAGGAGUCCCGGAACCUGCAUCUCCAGCCCAUAGAGCUUCUGAGAACGCUGGGUGGAGUGCUGCUUGGGGAUGGGGUGGGUUGGAGGGCACGAACUGCCGGACCUGAGGGAGAGAGGGACCCCCCAAAACCAUUUUCUUCCCGGGGCGACAGAAGCUUGCUGGACCAAUAAUGCAACUUCACCGCAGCUGGCGGGAAGUUGGAGAGUGCAUCCCCCUCGCCUCUCUAGGUCUGGCGGCUCCGAAGCCCUGGCCCCACAGUCCAUCGCCGCCGCCAGCCGAGGGCCAGCCAGCCGCUACUGCCCUCGGCACUGGCCGCCUGCGCCCCCGGGACGGACUGUCCCUGUGAGGGAAUCCACUCGCCACAUUCCAGAGGAAUGUAGAGGCGAGAGAAGUGCCGGGAGGAAGUUGUGAACUCUGGGCUCAGUCUUAAAGCUAGCGAGGGCGGGCGAAAGAUCCGGGUGGCUCGGGUUUGGAGAGUAGAGACGGAGGCCUGGGUGCUGGCCCCAUCACUUUCUUCUGGCGCCUGAAGUUAGUACCGUGGGGGAGCUUGGAGCGAGUUUGCCCCAGAUCUCUGUGUGUGUAUCGGUGCACGCGCGCACAGAUCUUCGCGGAGGGAAUCGGUAUCGCACUCUUGAGCUGACGCUCUGUGCAGACUGAAACAGGUCCCGAGUGUGGCGCGCGCGCGCGCGCGUGGCGAACGCUGCGUAAAGUCUUACUCUGCCGGCUGUGAGUUCUGCAGUGCGCCCCUGGGCACGGCGAAAAGGUGAAGGGUUCCCUCGGGCUUUUUGUCAAGGGACUGUACUUCUGCCUGGGGUGUAAUUUCUUUAGGGGUGUAAUAGCUAAGUCUUCGGCGCUUAAAUAAGGAACAGCUCGUGGAAAGGUGAAUGGUGACGCACUGGGGCGCUGGAGCGCGUCCUCCUGUGCCGCGGCUCUCCGUGGCAGGGACACCUCCACGGCAGGCUGGCCGGCAAGUGCCUAGACUCCCAGGGAAGUUUUGGAAAAAGACAAAGGGGAUAGCUUGAUACAAGCCUGUUUAGAUUGUUUGUUGACUAUAUUCUUCGGCUAUUCUUUGUGUCAGCAGUUGGCAAACAGGGUCAAGUCUAGGCUCGGCCGUGGGUAACUUACUAAGAUGUUCUGAGGAGGCACGGGGGAGUCCGUGCGCUUGCGGCCCCUCACAGGGAAUAACCCAAAGGGUUAUUGCCCCUGCACAAACAGAAAUACAGACCAGCCAAAGAUGUACAGGACUUAAAGCUGAUUGUAGCUGUAUGAAAAGAGCGAGGGGACAUACGAGAAGGGUAAAGACAAUGUGUGUAUGACUCCUUCCUUGGCGUCCAGCAAACCUGUACACAGAUGGCUGCGGCUCCCAGGUGCCCUGUCAGGUGGGAUGGCGACGAAAUACAGCACCUUGGCUUUGUUCUGCCGGCCACUUUUUGGGAUGUGCUGCCCUCAGAUCGCCUUGACUUUUGUGUCUUUUACUCAAAGAUGACUUUGGUGUUUGAUGUGAGGAACUCACUUUCCUAAACCGUCCAGAACGCGCCUUCAGAGGUACAGCAGCUUGGUUAAUGUUCUGAGUCUGGACACAAACUGUGGAAAAGUGUGGAAAUGAGGUAAAGAAAGAACUCCUCCCCUCACAGUGGCCCAUCUAGGCAAUGUUGUACCAAGAGAGGUGGUCAAUCCUUCCUUUGUCUUGCUUACAUUCUGUAGACUUCAUUAGCGGGGCACCAACCAAAAUUGAGGGGCCUAAUAUCUGAGGAAUUUGGAAAUCUUCUGUGUGUAAAUUAUUCCUUCCCUGGGAGCAGAUCUGGCCAUAGACUGUUAGGAUGGUGCUGGGACUGGGGGACAGGUGGGUGUGGCCCCCUCAAACCCAUACACACAAACAUGUUCUUCCCUGGGACUCCAAGCCCAGUGGCUUAAGAACCUGGUGUAUCGAGGGUCACCCCAUUAGCCCUCAGGAAGGGAGAAGAGUAGUCCCAAGGCCCGAGGGUACUCAAAUUCUGGAUGAGGGAAGGUGAGAAAGGCUUUCUCCCCAGGGGUGCCUUCUACGCAGGUUUGGAUUGCACUCCCCACACCCACCAAUGCAGAUGAGUUCCAGUCUUUCCUCAUCCUGAGCCACCACAAAUCAGAAAUGGGGGCGCAGGUCUCAAGAUCCAUCAACUUCAGUCGCCUGGUGCCCUAGCCUCUAGGGGCAUUUUAGGAGUUUAUAUCCACUUUGUCUCAGGGGAGGUGGAAAUAUUCAGUGGAAUGUUAGUAGGUAAUGUAAUAAUUUUUCUUCCUUUGGCAUUUUCUGUCCACAACCCUGUCCUCUUCCUUGCUAAUCUGUUUUUGCCGCCUGCCCCUUUUGGCUCCUGGGUCGGCUCCUCUUCAGCGCUGCCAUCCCCCUAGUCCUUCUCCCUACAGAGAAGUCUUGCUGCCAGGUCUCCUGGCUUCCGCCGAACACCACAUUCCAGCUCCCCCAACGGCUAGAGGGAACAUCUACUCAGAGCAGAGAGCUGGGAAGGAACCGGGCGGGAAGUAACUGGUUGCCUUCCCAAGAGCAAUCCUGGUGCAGAAGUAGAGCCCCCUCCCCGCAGAUCUCGGUUGGCCAGCUGCCCCCCACCCUCCGGCCUGUGUCUCCCGCGGAACUCGGGACCUGCUCUUUGCCGGGUGACGCUCCGUUUCAAGCAACCUGCGGCGCCUGCGGGUUCACCUUCUCCGCGCGCCAACCUUGGGAAGGGUUUGACAUCUUGCUGUCGCUUUUUUUGGCGAGGGAGUGUGGAUGGGUUUGGAGAGGGACCUCAUCUUAACUGGCAGGUUCCGGCUUCUUGGCCAUGAUUUUGUGUCGAGAGUUUUCCACCCACCGCCCCUCUCCUUCCGGGCACAUCCAGGCCGUGUCCCGAUGGGCCCGCAGGUGCGCCAGGCCGGGUGCUCACAGCGCCCGCCCGGAGCCGGAGCCCCACCGAGCAGCCGGCAAAACUCUUGUGGAACUCAGCGGCCCCUUCACGCAUCUGGGUUCUGCCGGGCCCUGUGGUGGGCUGAGAAGACCCAGAAAAGUGCCAGAUUCAGACAGGAAGCUGGGGCGUCUUAAGUCCACCCUUUGCCCUCGGUUCUGACCCAUCUCCCACUCAGUCUUCCCGGUCCUCUGAUUGCUGGGGAGUGGAGGGGGACUGGGGUGACCCGCGCGGGAGGGACCCCAGUCGUUUCCCACGCGGCUGGGUAAAUGGGAAGCAGGUCCGGGGCGUUUCCAGGUCUAGAAGGACCGCUUCCAGCAGGCUCCUGCGGAUCCCGAAGAUUCGGCAAAAGCAAUUUUGUAUUUGGUAGAGUCUGGAUGAAGGACUUCUCCGGGACGCCCCGCUACACUCUCCUCCGUUUCGGGGCGCCCCGGGGUGUACAGAGCUAAAUUUCCCCGUGCAGGCCGGGUUCUGAAUCUAGUCCUGCACUGUUGUUUUUCUGCAGCGCUGGGGUUUUGCAACUUAGUUCCUCGGGCCGGCACUUUUCUCAAACUAGUUCUGAACACUUUCCUUUCCAUUGCUGCUUUGUCUUGUAGUGCGAGGGAAAACCCACCAAAACCUGUCUAGGAAGAUGUGGAGAGAGAGUCCAUGGGACUGCGAUGCAGAAUUUCAGACAGCAACCCGGGUGCCCCCGGCCUCCCUCCCUGCCUCGCCGAAGUAUCCUCAGGCGCAGGCCAGUUUUUUAAAGGCCAGGCUGGCCGUCUUCACCUGCCCGCGAUUUAAGCCUGGUGCGUUGGAGGUCAGAUUUCCUGACCGCCGGGAAUCUCCCGCCUCAGCUGAGAACUGUGGAGAAGGAAAAGUGGAGAAAUGGGGCGACCGGGACAGGGUUUAGCUUGGGACCGGAGUGGCCGAGAGCGCCAGGGUCCAGAUCGCCUUUCCAAGCCCCGGAUCAGAGAGGACAGAGAAGAGAUCCCCCAGUGCGCUGGUUGCAACCAGCAUAUCCUGGACAAGUUCAUCCUGAAGGUGCUGGACAGACACUGGCACAGCUCCUGCCUCAAGUGUGCAGACUGCCAGAUGCAGCUGGCCGACAGGUGCUUCUCCAGGGCAGGGAGCGUCUACUGCAAGGAGGACUUCUUCAAACGCUUUGGCACAAAAUGCACAGCCUGCCAGCAGGGCAUCCCUCCGACCCAGGUGGUCCGCAAGGCCCAGGACUUUGUCUACCACCUGCACUGCUUUGCCUGCAUCAUUUGCAACCGGCAGCUGGCCACAGGGGACGAGUUCUACCUCAUGGAGGACGGGCGGCUCGUGUGCAAGGAAGACUACGAGACGGCCAAGCAAAAUGAUGACUCGGAGGCAGGAGCAAAGCGGCCACGGACCACCAUCACAGCAAAGCAGCUGGAGACAUUAAAGAAUGCCUACAAGAACUCUCCGAAGCCCGCUCGGCAUGUGAGGGAGCAGCUGUCUUCUGAGACAGGCCUGGACAUGAGGGUUGUACAGGUUUGGUUUCAGAACAGAAGGGCCAAGGAGAAACGCCUGAAGAAGGACGCAGGGCGGCAUCGCUGGGGACAGUUCUAUAAGAGCGUCAAGAGGAGCCGGGGCGGCAGCAAGCAGGAGAAGGAGAGCUCUGCAGAGGACUGUGGGGUUAGUGACAGUGAGCUGAGCUUCCGAGAGGAUCAAAUUCUCUCAGAACUUGGCCACACCAAUAGGAUUUAUGGCAACGUGGGGGACGUUACAGGCGGACAGUUAAUGAAUGGGAGCUUCUCCAUGGACGGGACAGGACAAUCCUAUCAGGACUUGAGGGAUGGGAGCCCCUAUGGAAUCCCCCAGUCUCCGUCCUCUAUAUCGUCCCUGCCAUCCCACGCUCCUUUGCUGAAUGGGCUGGAUUACACAGUGGACAAUAAUUUGGGCAUCAUUGCGCAUGCAGGGCAGGGAGUAAACCAGACACUGAGAGCCAUGGCCGGGGGACCCACCUCUGACAUCUCCACAGGAAGCAGUGUAGGUUAUCCCGACUUUCCGACUAGCCCAGCCUCUUGGCUCGAUGAAAUGGAUCAUCCUCCUUUUUAAACUUCUCUCCUCCCCAUCCUACCUGUCCUGGCUUGAGAGAAUAUCUUCAAGGAUCAAAAGAGACUUGGCUCUUAAGGAUCAAAGGUGCAUCAAUGUGAAUUUCCAUUAUUUUCAAUGGAAGUCCUCUGCUGAUUUCUAGAAGGCCGUGAAGCCACAUUAGGGCAUUGCUUUUCUUGGAAGGUUGGGGGAGAGCAGCCUCAUCUCACACAUAGCACAGGGGUGGGCAGCCUAGAGCUCUAGGGAUGCUGACUUGUUGGCUCUUUCCCCUCCCGCCCUGCUUAGAGGCUUCGGCUGCUUAGUGCUUUGGUGACACAAUGCAACUGUGACAGGCCUCCUUGGCCCUGGGAUCUCUGCUCCAACUGCUGUGUCUCACACAAUGCUUCCCAAACCGCUGCUCUCACCAGAAUCAAGAUUCCUAAGGUAGAGGCAUCACAGCCCCUGAGUCUAAUAAAAUGAUUUCUGGACCACCCUGAUUACACCCUGAUUUUCAAAACUGAAGUCAGUUAUUAAAGGUUGAUGGCCACAAUUUGAUACUAUAAACAUUUUAUUGCUGUGAAAAUGACUUCUUUCUUGCUCAGAAGUACAAACCAGAGAAUAUUGAUCAGUUUUGGUUUUUAAUAAAUCCCAUCUCUAUCACUGAAUCCCUGAUGGCAAGAAGUGGUUUUCAAUGCAGGUGACUCUUGAGGCUGGAGCUGAGACCUUCACAGACUAGUCGAUGAGCCCCUUUGGUGCACAGUGUGCCUUUUGAAUUGACUUGUAUCAUUUAUUCCCCAGACAGGAUGUGGGCUACAAAAUGAUCAAAGCUAGGCCAUGGAGAGAGCAGAAUGACAAUCAGUGAAAACGUUUGUAGACACAUUGGAUUCGAAGCGUGCAGUCUGUUCAGCCUCACUGGCAGAUGCGUCUCCCGGAAAGCCUCAUCCUUUGGGGGGUAAAAUGAAAUUUAGAGAGUCUGCUUUGAGGGAGUUGGUUUGUGAGCUUUCAAGUCUGUUUCUCCUCCCUUUUAAAAGUGAAAGUGUCCUCUACUGCACAAAUUAACUCAGUUGGAGGACAAUCUUGGUUGCUUCCAGGAACCAGCAGUAUUUUUUGGCCGAGUUUGGUUGGGAGGAAUAAUUUAGGGAGCAGCCUUAAAAUUGUCAAAAGGGUUCUAAGUGGUGCUUGGGCUGCAUCUCUUGGGGUUGCUGGCUGGACUUGUGCCAUGACCUGAGCUCCAGGCUGCACUUUGAAGCCAGAGUUCUCUGGCCACUGGUAGUGCAGGGACUCACUCCCUCCAUGUCACUAAGCCUGCAAGGCAAGUUCAGUCUCUGCUUUAUGAGCUGCCACUCUGUGACAGGCUGCACUUCUGUGCUAUCAGGAUGCUCUCUUGAGAAUUCCAGAUCUCAGUUAUCCAGCUGGAAUUUAUUCCUGCCCCUUGGGAAAGCAUGGUUUGCUUCUUCUAGCCCUACACUCCGUUAAGAUCGGUGGGGUAGGAAAGGGCAAGAAGGCAUUGCCUUUCUUUCACGAUGAGACCAAAAGCCCUAGUGACCCUUCUGUGAAAUGUUGAUCAUAUUUUGAGGACUGCAGAGAUUUAGGUGUAAGGUAGGCAGACUAAAGGAAGAUACAAGACUGUUGUAUCAUUUGUAAGCUCUCUUCAAGACUAUACUGAGUUCCAUUAAGCUUCUUUAAAGGAUAGAGUCAGUAAGUUCCUGAAUCAGCCUUCAGGCUGCCUUUCCUCUGAUCAGUUUUGUGCUGUACUCUUGUUUUUGGAUGGGCUGCAACUUCCCUGAUCUUUGCUUGGGGAGUCUGCAAACACAGACUUUUUGAGGUUCCGUAUUUAUGGAUGAUGGUGUGUUAAGUCAAUCCAAAUCUGUGCUACUGAAAUUUCCCAACAAUGUGAAUGCCAUUUGGGGAUGGAGACACAAAUGCUAGACAACAAGCUGUGGAAAGGAAAGGAAAUUGCAACUAUCUGGGGACCAGCUUCUUAAACACACUAUUCUCAGCAGGCUGCUCAUACUACACAGGUGGAAACUUAUGCUGGACAAUCCAGUUGAAAAGCUGCACCAGCCAGGUGACUAUGUCACCUUGACUGUUUGGCUUAGUAUCACAUAGGCGCAGAAGCACCUCAGAUUUUUGGUGAUUGUAUUGAACUGCUGAAGGUCAAUUUAAGCUGACCAGUUUUUGUUUUUGUAAAUGAAUUCAUCAAUUCCUAAUUCAGUGAUGGAAGAAUGGGAAGCUGUCCUCAUUCAUGCUAAUAAAAACAGUCUUUUGAGGAACUCAGUGGACAACAUAGUGAAAUUAGCAGUAGUGUUUGGUUUCAUUUGGGCAGGUGACCUGGAAAAGAUCUUGAAAGACUACUGACCAGAAGGCCAGGAGAGCAUUAAUUUCCUUCCCUAGUCACCUCUCUAGAGAACAGCAAGCCCUGGUGCCCAGUCAGAAGCACAGCCAUGACAGGUCUUAGAUUUGCAGUGCUCUUUCUGCAAGUUGGGUUUGCAUGAUGGACAGGCUGGUGCCGACAAGCCCUGCACAUCAAGACUGUUUUCUGACCUUUCUGUGGUUUGGAGAUGGAGAGGAACAGGACAUUUCCUUUAGAUUCUCUUAGAGACACUCCUACUGCCUCGUAGCCUGUAUUAUUGGGGUAGCAGGUACUACCCAGUGUUGUCUUUCCCUUGCUAAAGGACAUGCAUAAUUUUAAAAAAAUGAAGUGAGACCUUUUAGAGCAUUAACAAUAUUUGGGUCUAUGUUUCCCUCGAGAGACUAGUUAACAACUACUCUCUGCAGUGCCUGCCUAAUAGGCUUGAGGAGGAAGCUUCUGAAUACUGGAGCAAAUCAACAUCCCCUCCACCUCCUGCCCUGAAUUCCAGGGGUAAAUCAGAUCAGCAAAUAUGAGAUAUGAGUGGCUAACUUGGUGAACUCUGCAUUUGCCCAAAAGUAAUAAAACCAUGGAGAAAAAUGUAACAAACAAGGGCUAACUGGCCCAAUGGUUAAAUCAAGUUGAGAAGUGGUUUUUGUUGCCCCUUCAAGGAUUUGCUGUGCAACCCUUGGCAAAUUCCUUUCACUUUUUGUGUUUUUCCUUUCUUGCCUCAUCUGUUAUGAACAAACAUAAGAUGAACAUCAACCACCAUAAUGGUAACAUUGGUCCUGCAAAUUAAUAUAGUGAAACAGCAGGGAAAUUAUGACCUAAGAAAAGCAUUUGGCAGAGUUCAUAAAGUUUUUAAAUGCUAUUUUAAAACAUCAAAUCUAGUGAUACAAUUGAAGGCUGUUAGAUCUUGUUAUGUUCAUUUUGCCAGGAAGUAUAAAAAAAUCUGUAGAAGCUGGCACACUAAUCCCAGCUACUCAGUAGGAUCUCAAGUUUGAGGCCAACCUGGGCCACUUAGCAAGACUCUAUCUCUACAAAAAGAGCUGGGAAUUUAGCUCGGUGGUACAGCGCUUGCCUACCAUGUACAAGCCCCUGGGUUUAAUCCUCAGUAUUGAAAACAAAAACAACAUAACUUCAGGAGGUGUUCGAGGCUUUGGAUUAGCAAUUGUGUUUCAAGACAGUCCACCAUGACACCUAAACCCCCACACAGCUCCUCCCACGUGCCACAACUGACACCUUGGUUAUAACCAUGGACAUAAUGACCACAUCUCCUCAGCCAGCAGAGUCUGGAAGGCCUGAGGAAGCUCAUUUUUAAACAUUGCACUUUAAAAAUUGGAAACCGUGAGAUGAAGAAAAAUUCAAUUAAGCGGAAAUGAGUUUUGUUUUAUUGCCUGCUGCUGACGGGCUCUGGGCAUGCUGAACGCUAAAUAAAAGCACAUCACUGGCUCUCUCUUUCUUGGAUUGGUCAACUGGCCCUUUCUGCAGUAGUUGCUAAUGGUGAUUGGAGCCAAAAAGAGAGAGAGCUCAGCAAAGUCAUCCCAUCCACACUCUGCUUGGUAGGACCACACUAAAAGCACAGUUUCAUGCUGCUCACUCUGGUGAGGAGACAGCUGCGGGUUUGGGAGGUGCACCAGGCAUUUCUUUGCUUAGAGGCAGGGCACAGGUGGAGAGGGCAAAGACACCCCCACUCUCACCUGUUGCCCACCUAGAGACAAGGACCACAUCAUACUUCCCCACAUGAGGACUGUGUUCAGCCUAAUGAGCAGAUUUAGGGCCACAGGACCCCAGAAGCUGCUCUGAAUUUGCAUUCAGAGCUCAAGGUCCCAGGUUCCCUCUGCUCUGGAUUGUUGCCCUCAUUCUUCCCAGUGUAAAUUUUGUACAGUAAAAAAUAAAUAAAAGGCCUGUGUCCUGGAAAAAAGAAAAAAAUUAACAGCAACAAAAAGGACCCACUCUUAUUUAUUGCUAUGUGACUGACUUUGGAGAGCAGAAGCUGGUGCGUUUGUAUAUGCCUCCCGUAUGUUGGCAUGAGAUGUGUACGGUAAACUGUGUAAAAUAAACAUGGAAAUUCUUUAGAA